AGCGAAGAAGUGUUGUGAUGGGAGCAGCAGAAGAGCCGCAAACGGAGCCGGAAGGAGGAGAAGUAGCAGAAGAUGAGGCGUUUGAAUCAUCAGACUGUCCGGGCGCGAAGGAGGAGGUCGCUGCCGGCUCGGCGGCCGCGUGGCCGGCGCUCGGAUUCGACGUCCCACCUUCCAGGGUCUACCAUUUCUGCCGCCAGUUCAUGUCGGGCGCCCCCAACCCCAACCCCAACCCCAACCCCAAACCCAACCCCAACAGCAGCAGCAACAACAACAACUUCCUCAAAGGGGUAAAGUGGUCUCCCGACGGCUCCUCCUUCCUCACCAGUUCCGACGACAACACGCUUCGUUUGUUCUACCUUCCGGAAGAUGCUUGUAGUGCAGAGCACAAUGCGGCUGUAGACGAGGAAGAUUCUUAUGUUGCCAGUCUUAUCGUGAAAGAGGCUGAGUCCGUGUACGAUUAUUGUUGGUAUCCGUACAUGUCUGUAUCAGAUCCAGCCACUUGCGUGUUUGCAAGCACUACGCGUGACCAUCCUAUUCAUCUUUGGGAUGCUAUUACUGGUGAGCUUCGUUGCACAUAUAGGGCGUAUGAUGCUAUGGAUGAGAUAACAGCAGCACUCUCACUAUCUUUCAACCCCUCCGGAACAAAGCUUUUUGCCGGAUACAAUAAAGCAAUAAGAGUAUUUGAUGUACAUCGUCCUGGCCGAGAUUUUGAACAAUAUUCUUUGCUCAAAGGCAAGGAAGGGCCAUCAGGUAUUGUAUCUUCAAUCUCCUUUUCUCCGACGCACAGUGGAGUGCUUGCUGUGGGUUCAUACAGCCAAACCACAGCAAUAUAUGCAGAAAGUAAUAUGGAGCCUUUAUAUGUUUUACAUGGCCAACUAGGGGGUGUUACACAGGUCCUUUUUUCAAAAGAUGGGAACUAUUUAUAUACUGGAGGACGGAAGGAUCCUUAUAUAUUAUGUUGGGACAUCCGCAACACUGUGGGCAUUGUUUACAAGUUGUACCGAUCAUCUGAUAAUACAAACCAAAGAAUAUCAUUUGAUAUUGAGCCUGGUGGUCGACACCUUGGUACUGGUGGACAGGAUGGUCUAGUUCACAUAUAUGACCUUCAAAGUGGUCAAUGGAAAAUAGGCUUCCAAGCUGCAUCAGAUACCGUCAAUGGGUUUACUUUUCAUCCAUAUUUACCGUUGGCCGCAUCAUCAUCUGGAAACCGAAGAUUUGACAUGCUAGACAAUUUUGAGGAGAACACAAUUUUGGCCGGUGAUGAGAAUUGUGCCUCCAUCUGGAUGUUCUCUUGUUCCGCGCAAGUUGACUAUUAGUGUUGAAAAUUCGGUUCAAGCUAUCUCGAUUCAUGUGCUGCAUUCAGUUGCGUUCGCAAUCCUUCUUUGAUUUAUGAUGUAGGUUCACCUCUUUCCAUGUGUGGUGCUCUCUUGCUCUCAUUCAGUAACUAUAAUCCUUUUUCGUUCUUCCCUCUCUUGUUAUAUAUAUAUAUAUAUAUAU